UGGAAAUGUUGCUGGGUUUAGGUUUGUCAGUGAACAGGAAAAACUGGAAUUCUCCAGAGUACAAAAUAAGACUUUUGAAAGAACUGUAAGAUGGGUAAAUGGGAUAACUUCAGCUGAUAAGCUCAUGUUGAAAUGAGCUCAGAGCAUCUGCCAUGUAAGUCAGCCUCUGCUCCCGUCCACCCGUUACCAGCGCUCCAUGUGCACUUGGUUGCAGGUUAGUGAGAUUUUCGUAUAGACAAACCCAUGUCUAAAAAUGUGAUGCUUAAUACAAGUCAUAGGGAGGGCUGGUUUAGACUGACUGGCAAAAGGUCUAGCUUUUGCUUUGCUGUUUUUUAUAAAGCCUUGGUUAAAAUACGCAGUGACCUGCACUUCAAACUAAACAAAAUGAAGCAUUGAACAUAGUUUUGCGAGUGUUUUGUUCACAAUCUAGUCAAGACAAAGGUUUUAGCAAUAUCAGUUGAUAAUUGUAUAAAUGUCUGGGCUGCGUGCUUGCGUUAUACUCCAGUUGUUUGUACAGUUCAGUUAGUUAGAUAUAAUUUGAAUGGACAAGUUCCAUCUUGUCACACUUGCUGCUCAGAAAGCAAGUUCCAGUUUGCAGCUGAAAUAGGAGGAACUUUGUCAGUAGAGGCAAAGAUUAUGCAUACACAGUCUUAAUCUUCUGAUAAUGUGAGCAUGGAACCCCUUGGGAAAUACAAGGUACCACAGUAUUUAGCUAGCAACUGCAAAAAUACUGAAGUAUGUAGUGUUGUUGCAGCUGAUAAAUCUGAAACUUGAGGAACAGCUGCCAACCCCCCCCCUUUUUAGUGUAUGCAUGGAGUUCUGCACCUUACCGUGUUCUGUUUUUCUCUGCCAGAAAUCAGGAUCACUUCUUAACUAACAGCUGUAAGGAUAAAGUGGACUGCAUGGUGAGAUUUGGAGGUGAAGAAAUGAGCUACCGCUGCACUUCAACAACAGACACAGUCUGUGUCCCCUGUAAAGAUGAAUACUUCAGUAGUAAGCACAAUCUCGAGUUCUGCCAUGUUUGUACAGUCUGCAACACUAGAAAGGGGAGUGUGGAAGUGAAGAAGUGUGAGAAGACCUCUGACAGAAUUUGCAAGUGUGUGGCAGGUUAUAUGCCAGAUGCCAGAAGCAAACUGAGACAUGAAUGCUUACCAUGUCCUGAAGGGUCUUAUUCCAUAGGGGGUUAUGAGAAGUGUCAACCUUGGACCAACUGCAGCCUUCUUGGGAAAAGGACUCUUCGACCAGGGACGAAAACAGAUGAUGCUGUUUGCAGCAGCCAGAUCCCACAGGCAACUGCCUCUCAGAGUACAACACCUGCUUUGAACCUUUCCACCACACACCACAAGAAUAAUACAUCAACUGCAGUGUUCUCACCAUCCAGACCCAGCCUGAUUCCUUCCAUUUGUUUGGAUACAGACAGCCCCAUGGCGACUAACUGGGGGUCUGUAUCACUUAUCUUUAUUUGUCUGAUAUUGCUCAUGGUGAGUGGAAUGUCCAUCCUCCUGUUGAUUAUCCAAGCAGCCAAAAAGGAGACCAAGAGGAGGCCCCAUAGAAACAACCAUAAUGAAGAAAACAGCUGCCGACUUCCUAUCCAGGAAGAACAAAUUGACUUCAAUUCUAGUCUCAUCAAAAACUGACUCCACGUUCUGUUACCGUUUCCUGUGUUUCUGAGCUAAUGGAUUGUAGUAACACAUGAUGUGUCAGUGUUCUGUGGCUGGAUGUGGAGGGGAUGUCCUGUUUAGUUGUACUUUAGUUCCUCUGGGGCUCGUUGAGUGCCCGUUUGGUGUUAGGAGCCAUGGGAGUAGCUGUUCUUGGUGGAAUGAUGUGAUUCUUUCUCUUGGGCAGAUCCUGUGCACAGCAUCCCUGUUGCCAGGACUGAGUGGCUAUAGUCCUCUGUGCGUUUCUAGCCAGUUCUGUAUAUAAGGAUAGGGAAUUGUCUUGGAAUUGAAUAAAGUAUUGAGGAAGCUGUAAGAGCUGAUCCUUGAGCAGACAGAAAACAGGGAAAGCCAAAGACCUGCCUUAUAACUGAACUUGUAUCUUGUCUUACAGCUCUGAGAUGCUUAAGCAGAGCCUUCCUCUCUUUUCUCAGUACCGGUGUCUGCAGUGUUUCAGUUGUUUCCCAAAUGAACUUCCCUUACAUUAGGUGAAGAAUCUCCCCUGAUGAACCUAGCCAGCUUCCUUUUUGCUUCCAUUUCUUCAGGUUAUUUCUUCUUGGUCUAGUGGAGUAGCACCACAAUCCUGGUGCUAGCUGUUGAGUGACUAUCGAGAGAUGGCUGCUCAAUGCCACUUCUUUCUUCCCUGCAUUUCUUCAAACACCCACUGAGAAAAUGUCAUGUUAACAUAUUGAGCAGCAUCCCUGCUGUCCUCCCAACAAAUGGAAUUACUCAUGAUCACCAAGUAUAUCCAGAUCUCCAAGUGUUUGGAAAUCUCCAUGGAAAUCUUCAUGUGUGUAUAAAGUAGAAUAUGUGGAUCGCCAGAAGGCAAAGGGAAUGGUAAUUUUUGAUGAGAACAUUAGUAGUGGAAACGUGUUCAAAAUAGGAGGAAAGGCGGAGUACUCAUUGAAUACAGGUAUUUUAUAUACACAGGACCAAAGCAUAUGCCAAAAUAUGCAGCAGAAAAUGUAUUCAAGAAUACAACUGGUGUCUACAAACAUGUUGUUAAACAUAUGUAUUCUUAUAUGUUAUACAUAUGGUAUACUUAGCAAUGAUUUCCUAUUUUGAAGUGCAUAUACAAUGUAUAUAAACAUUUGUAUUAUAUACAAAGUGUGAUAGUGACUUCUUGAAAUAAAUGGUAGUACCAGCU